GCGGCGGGUCGGUGCCGCCGUGGCGCCAGGACGUCGGCAGCGGGCGCCAGGCGCGCCGCGGCGGAGUCUGCACGGAUCACUCCGCCCGCCCAAUGCCACUGCAACACCAUCGCGCGGCACACGCGGGUCCGCACUGACAUACCCCAUCAACAUUUACUAAAACAACAUGGACCUUGUCUUCUUUACGUUCAUUCUAUUUAUUUCUUCAAUAAAAUCGUUACAAUUAAAAUCUUCACCACUUAACAAAACGCUGGCGGAAGUGAAAAAAAAACUUGAAAAACAUGAAGAAGUGUUGUCAGAAGUGAUCAAACAUAAAACAGAAGUAGUUCCAAUUAAGAUUACGAACGUUACGCAAGUUAAAAUAACGCCACCGGUGGCGCCAAAAAAAUCAAAAUCUCCACCCAAAAUGAUUCCGCCCGAAUUAAUACAAGAUUGGGCGAUUAGAAUAUCAGAGAAACUAUUAGACAAUGACAGGCGAGUGGUACGACGUGAAGAAAUAUUGAAAGGCUUUUCGGACAUAAAAAUAGAAGUACGUAACGGAACCGCGAUCGUGAACAAGAUGGCGGGGGAUCUCGAGGAGUUACUGCUGAAGCGAGUCAAGGCUGCAGAGAACAUAAUGAGGAAAGCUGAAGAGCUGGCUAAAAACACCAAGCCACCACCUGGCGAAUAUGUUUUUGAUGACAGCGUUGAUUUGGACCAGGUAAAGAAACCAGAUGUUGUACCUGACGAAGCGAAAGAUACUCAACUCCCUCUUAACUGCAGCAGUUUGGAGAAAGUGAGCUUAAAACAUAAUCCCCAUUUCGACGCGCAAGUGUCGCUGGAUAGGACCAGUGUCUACGUAGCGCGUGAAGUAUUCCCUUGCGAUCCUCGGGUUAUCAAUCAUCUGUAUUGGUCUCAGGGUUUGCUGUCUACGUUCCAAAAAAACUAUGCCCAAGAUGCCACAACAGAAUUUCAGUAUUUUUGUAGCGCUGCUGGAUUUUUACGGCAUUAUCCUGCUGCACUGUGGAAGGACAUGUACAAGUUGGAACUUGACACAGGAGACGUGUACGACUGCCGCUUGCGUCCAUGGUACGUGAACGCAGAAGGCGCGCCGAGGGACGUUCUCAUUCUCCUGGACGCCUCAGGCUCCAUGGAUAACUCCUCCAACCAAGUGAUCGCUGAGGAGUUCACCUUAGCUCUUCUCAGCGCACUCACGGAUGACGAUCAAGUGAACGUGUUGCGCUUCAAUGUUGUCAUACAGUCUCCUAUCAGUUGCUUCAACGAAAAAUUAGUACCGGCUAAUCACGUAAACUCAGCAGCAAUGAUGGCAGCCCUAAAGUUUUUCCCGCUCACCAAUUUGACGGAUAUGGACUCGGUACUCCGAUACUCAGUAGACCUGCUGAAGAAGCAACGCGACACUCGAGACCGGCCGCAUUCAUGCCAGCAGGCCAUCGUGUUACUCACCGACAGCAUGUACGAAAACUUCACUCGAUUGAUGCAAUACUUAGACCCCAAAAACGACAUCAGACUGUUUGUCCUUUGGCUUCACGAUAUCUAUGGUCUCCGUGACAACACCAAGGCUAAUGCGGACUGGUUGAGUUGCGACAGGGAUGGAUAUUUUGCCGAGCUCAUUACCCACUCUGACGUCACGGAGCAAGUCAUGCGGAUCCUUAGAGUCCUCGAAAGGCCUCUCGUAGCACAGAGAAAGGAAAGACUCAGAGUAUACAGUGACGUAUACGCUCAUGUUGAGGAUCCAAGAAGAAGCGAAUACCAUUGGAAACAGAAGGAAAACGAAGAGCAGCGGUUUCGAUACGACGAACUUAGGAAAGAUAAACAUAAACUGCUCAGUCCACCUCAAAUGUAUAAAGAUUAUAUGUACCAAGUUGAUUUCGACGCAAAAGGCUAUUAUUACGAAGGCCAGGAUAUAAACUAUAGACUUGAAAUAAGUGUAUCGGUUCCAGUUUUCGAUUCUAUCACAGUUGAGAAUAUAACAAAAGAACUUGACGAGGAAAAGAAGAGGAAAUCUACACGAACGUACCCCGUAAAUCGGCUGCUCGGCGUGGCUGGGAUCGAUAUACCCAUCGAUCAUCUGAAAUUGAUGCUACCUUAUCAUCAGAUCGGUGCUGGCGGGUCGUUGCUCAUAGUGGACCAUCGUGGGAACAUAGUACUGCACGACAAUGUGAAACCUGUAUUCGAUGGCGAUAUUUUAAAACCAGGCUAUAGGACCGUGGACUUUCUCGAUUUAGAACAACCCGGCAUGAGCCACAAACCACGGCACUACCCGGCAGAAUGGCUAGAGUUCAGAAAAUCGCUGGUAAUUAAUAAAGAAAAAGGGAAGAUGACACUGUACGGUAAGAAUAUAUUCGAGGAUGGGCUGCGUGCAACUUUAGAGCUCAGGGAGUACCACUGGAAGAGAGUUCUUGACCAUUACACAGCGGUGGUUGUUCUGCCGCAGCAUAACCGUCACCACGCCGUUCCAGAAGGAAAAUUUACUAAGGAAAUAGCUGAGGAAGCACUCAAGUCCCUUUCGAAGACGGAAUACGCCGUGCACCCUGACUGGUUGUACUGCCGACACAUAGACCCCUCGUUCGAUUCCCGAGAAGCUGAAGUGCUCCACUUCAUCAGACGCCGCAGCGACGAGCCUAACUUCGCAAUGCAAAAGCUAAAAUACACAUUUUCACCAUUCCCGCCCACUUUACUGAAGAAAACUUACCAAUGCAACGAGGAACUGAUGGCGCGGUUCUGCAAAGAAGUCCUCGCUACAGACAAAUGGGCGAAAGAGCACGAAGAAACUAACACAGAUAGAGAUUGCUCAAAGUGUGAAUUAGGUUCUACCACUGCGUUCUUUGCUAGUGAGAGUGGUCUGACUCGGUGGCAACCGUACCACGCGACGAGCACGCACGCGGACCCGCCGGCGGGCUCGUGGUGGGCGCGCGCGCCGUCCGAGCCGUGGUACCGGCGCGCCUCUGCCCUCCCCGACACUUACAUUGUCCACAAACCCAUCACACCUGUGCGGAAACUACGUACUAGCUUCAGGAAUCCACCACCCCUGGAUACGCGAUCACAAUGGCUGACCGUUGCAAAAACUCUGGGCUUCCCUGACAAGGGCAUCAUCGGAGUAGCCGGCUACCACCUGCAUCCAAAGCAUUUGAUAGAUUUGCUCAGUAGUGUCACAAGUUUUCCGAUAUGCGAAGAGGAAGACGAGGAUAAAUGUGUGCCUCGCUGCGAUAACGUGGCCUGGGCGUGUGUGUUGGUCGACGAGGGCGGGUGGGUCGUCGCGAGAGACAAGCCCGAGGAGGAACAAAGAUCUGAAGACGAGGAUGACGUCACGGAGCAUCUCGCCACUCUGUACCCGACGGCUAUGGGCGCUCUGCUUAAUGCCUCUGUGUUCGAACUUAACUGGAUACAUGACUACCAAGGCGUCUGUUUCCCGCCGAAAGAUGAAAAAUCCAACUUCAGCCCGACGAUGCCAUCUAUUCUAAGAUCGUUAUGGCACUCAGCUCAGUCAAUAUUGCGCAUCACACAAGAGUUGGCAACAUUUUUACUCGUAUUAAACUCAGCAAUGAGUGUAUCAGCAGAAACAGAAAAGAAAAGCAGAAACGUCGAAACCGUUUGUGGCGCGAUAAUGAGCGAGAGAAAUAUGAAAGUUUGUACGACGACCGCGUGCUCAUCAAUAGGACGAGAUUCGCUGCUUGCGAUAGAUCUCGGCCCUUCUACCAGAUGCAG